AUGAGGAUUUCUUCCGUUUAUAGGUUUAUAGGAUUCGGGGGUGCAAUUCCUCAUAGACCUGCUGAAGAUGUAGCAUACUCGGUUGCCAAAUGUAUACAAAUUGGUGGAUCAUUCAUGAAUUAUUACAUGACUAUUUUUGAUGCACCAGGUGGAAAUGAUCCUUUGGAUUUAGAUAUGGGCAUCAUGGGAAAAGGUCAAGUAUGGAUAUAUGGGCAGAGCAUUAGACGCCAUUGGUCGGCAUAUAAAGCAUAUGGAAAGUGUGGUGUUUGUAAUUAUGCUGGAGAAUAUAAUGAGAAUAAGUGCGCUAGUAACUGCGGAGAACCCUCGCAAAGAUGGUACCAUGUUCCUCUUUCAUGGUUGAACCCCACCGGAAACUUGAUGGUUAUUUUUGAAGAAUUGGGUGGUAAUCCAAGUGGAAUUAUUUUGGAUAAAAAAGAUGUACACACUGUUUGUACUAAUAUUUAUGAAGCACAACCAUCACUGGCGAGUUAUUUGGCUCUUGCCAAUGGAAAAUAUAUAGUACCGUUGAAGCCAAAAGCCCAUCUUUGGUGUACGCCGGGGAAGAAAAUUUCUUCAAUAAAGUUUGCAAGCUUUGGAACUCCUGAAGGAGUUUGUGGGAGCUUUAGUGAAGGAAUGCGUCAUCAUGCUCACAAAUUAUGA